AAAGGGAGUUGAAAGGAAAAUGAAAAAUUUUCUCAGUAAUCUAACAAUCGCCUGGUCGAGGAUAUGUAAGACACUGAACAACUUUAAAAUAUAUUUGAGAGGAUUGUCAUUAAAAUAGUAUAUAAUAUUAAGUAGUGGAUUUCAAGUCGUCCUACUUUUUUGUUGUUAAUUUUGGUAGACCAAUCAAGAGAUAUUGUUAAUUGUAUUAUCUUUCCCAAAAAAUGCUGCCAUAUUUUAUUCAAUAAAAUAAAUAAAAAAGGACUUACGGAUGAAUGUAACAAAGAAUCACAACUCUUUAGCAUCGACCCAGCAGCACAAUGUGACAACGGAACAAAAAACAACAAUGGACUCCCCUUUGAAGACUGUGUUGUAACACCUUCCACCUCAACAUCAUUUGUUAUGAUUUGUCCAGAUUUACAAGAUGACCUUACAAUUGGCACAGUUCCCACAACUGACACAACGGUUGAUGCCACUAAAGACAUGAUAUUCAAUGCAACCGAUAUGUUAACAGAAAACACCGAACUGACCACAAAUCCCACUUUGGAGACUGAGAUUUCAACAAAUACAGAUACACCAACAAUGAAUACUGAUACACGAACAAUAAACGCAGAUACCCCAGCAUCCUCGGAAAUACCAACUGGCGUUGCAAAUGAUAAAAUACUAUACAAAUGUACGGCCUGCCAUGAAAAUUGUACCACAAUCGAGGCCGUUAGAGUACAUAGUCGUAAAGUGACAUGCCGCGAUUUUAUCAAGUCCCAGAACAAAGAUCAAACCUCGGGGCUAUACAAAUGUGAAGUGUGCGACAUUAAAUAUCCCACCUUAUAUUUAUUGCGGCAUCAUUUGAAGAAGCAUAUGGCACGAACAUUUCGUUGUUCUUCCUGUCCCAAAUCGUAUCUAAGUAAAUUAGAAUUAGAUAUUCACCAAAGGACCCACACCGAUGAGAGGCCACAUCAGUGUGACAAAUGUCCGAAUAGUUUUCGUUAUGCACAUCAUUUGAAGCGGCACAAGGAUAUCAUACACUUUGGCAAACGUUACAUGUGUCCCGAGGCCAAUUGUAAUCGGCAAUUCACAACAAUGGAUCAAUUGAAAGUACAUAAAUGGUCUCAUUGUGGCAUUGUGCCGAACAAAUGUAAAUAUUGUGGACAAUUGUUUAAGAAGCGUUUGUUUCUACGAAAUCACUGCUCGAAAAUCCACAACAAAGCACUAACAGAUGAUGAGGAGUUUAAUGGCAACAGCAUGGCCUGCAAAAGUCCCCAGGAGGAUAUUCUACAGCCAAUUAACUGGGACUAAAAGCAACAUACCCCUUGCUUGGUCUAUUCCAUAAGCAUAUUCACUUAGUAACAUUUAUUUAUUUAUUUUUGUACAUAUAAAAUGAAAAUCCAUGAGCUAAACAUGGCUUAUACAUAUAUCAUUCCAUUUUAGAGUCCUUAUCGUAUUGUUUAAAUUUUUAAGAGAGAAAUAUCACAAUUAUUUAUGCAGCAAACCCCAUAAUAUAUCACACUAUAUAAAGAAUAUAUAUGAAUUUAUGUUUAAUGCAAUAAAAUUCCUUGCAAAAAGCAAAUAGAUAACAUUUAUAAAUGAACGCAUUGUAAUUUUCAUGUUGGCGCCUAAAAGUAGACUUUGAAUAUGAAGAGUUUGCCUUUGCAAGGUAUUUA